AAAACAGCUGUGAGUUUGUUUUUUUUUUAUAAAAACAACAGCUGUACUACAAGUCACUUCAAAAAAAUCGCAAUCGGCGUGUUUACAAGUGAUUUUUAAUUUCGGAAGCAUCAAUUAAAAUGAGUUUUCUACGAAGCGGGGGAAAGUGGUUAAUAGCUGGCAUAUUACCUCUACACUCCGAUGAACACGACAAAGUCUCCAAAGACACCAGAACAUACAAAUCAUUUGUACAGCGCCCGCCAUCAAAUGAAACUGGUUGGGAAAGAGUUAAGGAAAUAUUUAAAGUGGAUGAGUUUGGAGCAAUUUCAGCAGAGUUAAAUUCAAUUUAUCAAGCCGGUUUCUUGGGUUUCUUAGUGGGUGCAAUCUAUGGCGGUAUUAUACAAUCACGUCAGGCCUACAUGAAUUUCAUGGAAAAUAAUGAAGCAACAGCUUUCAAAUCUCAUUUAGAUGCUAAAAGAAAACUACAAGAUCAAUUUACAAUGAAUUUCGCUAAAGGUGGUUUUAAAUGGGGUUGGCGAGUUGCCUUAUUUACUACAUCGUACUAUGGUAUUGUAACGUUGGUGUCAGUUUACAGAGAGAAAUCUUCUAUUUAUGAGUAUUUGGCCGCCGGCACUUUAUCGGGAGCUAUGUACAAAUUUAAUAUGGGCCUAAGAGGUAUGACCGCUGGUGGCAUUAUAGGUGGUGUCUUAGGGGGCGUAGGUGGAGCCGCCUCCUUGUUAAUAUUAAAUUUAUCGGGUACUUCUAUGGAAGAGGUUCGCUAUUGGCAAUACAAGUGGCGUGCAAAUCGCGAUGAUGCAAUUGCUGAAUCUUAUAAGCUGGCUGCCGAACAAGAUGAACCCACACCUGAACUUCUAAAAGCUCAUGAUGCUAAAGUUGGUGAAAAAAUUACAUUAGAAAAUGUUAAAUAAAGAAUUCAUUGUUUGUAAGUUUUUUAGAAUAUUAAAGUAAAAAACAUAAAUUAAUUAGUUUUAAAAAAAGUUUCAAUACAAUCAGACAAUUACCCAUGAUUUAAAAUAUAGUACUUAUAUAAUGCAAUUACCAUUGCUUAUGUAAAUAUAUUUUCGUAAAUUUCAAUCUAUGAGUAUCUCCGUUUUCAUAUAAGCGAAAGCUAAUUUUAUCGAACAUUAAUUAUUGGAAUAAAAAUCGACAAUUAGUUUGGGUUUGGUAAAUUUCGAUCAAGAAACAACGUAAUUGUUUCUUUAAUCUCGCCUUUUGAAACAAAAGAUCUAUAGUAGAUUUUCAACAUUUUUAUAAAUUUUCUCUUAUUUGAAAAAAAA